AAUCUAGUGAGAGAAAUUAAAAGAAAAAAUUCUAGUGAGAGAAAAGAAAUUAAAAAUCUAGUGAGAGAAAAAUGGACAAGUACGAUGUGGUGAAAGAUUUGGGGGCAGGAAAUUUUGGUGUAGCCAGGCUUCUAAGGCACAAAGAAACCAACGAACUUGUCGCCAUGAAAUACAUUGAGCGUGGACACAAGAUUGAUGAAAAUGUAGCGAGAGAAAUUAUAAACCACCGAUCGCUUCGACAUCCGAAUAUAAUUCGUUUCAAAGAGGUAUGUAUGUAUGUUGUAUUGACACCAACACAUCUGCUAAUUGUGAUGGAGUAUGCAUCCGGUGGCGAACUAUUCGAUCGAAUCUGCAGUGCCGGUAGAUUUAGUGAAGACGAGGCGAGGUACUUCUUUCAGCAGUUGAUUUCUGGAGUCUGCUACUGCCACUCCAUGAACAUAUGCCAUAGAGAUUUGAAAUUGGAAAACACGCUUUUAGAUGGCAGCCCUGCACCCCGCCUUAAAAUCUGCGAUUUUGGUUAUUCCAAGUCGUCGGUGCUGCACUCGAGACCCAAAUCCACCGUCGGAACUCCGGCUUACAUUGCACCGGAAGUUCUCUCUCGCCGUGAAUACGACGGCAAGUUGGCAGAUGUGUGGUCGUGUGGAGUGACUCUAUAUGUAAUGCUGGUGGGAGCUUACCCAUUUGAAGACCCAACCGACCCAAAGAAUUUCAGAAAAACUAUUUCAAGAAUAAUGGGUAUUCAGUACAAAAUCCCAGACUAUGUUCACAUCUCCCAGGAAUGCAAGCACCUACUCUCCCGUAUCUUCGUCACGAAUCCCUCAAGGAGAAUAAAUAUAAAGGAGAUCAAAAGCCAUGCAUGGUUCAUGAAGAACUUGCCGAGAGAACUCGCAGAAACUAACCAAGCACUGUACUACAAGAAAGAUAACCCGAGCUUUUCACUUCAGAGCGUCGACGAAAUAAUGAAGAUCGUAAGUGAAGCAAGAAAACCGCCUCCCUCGUCCCGAAAUGUACCGGGUUUCGGGUGGGGCGGUGAAGACGAUGAAGAAAGCAAAAACGAUGAAGAGCCAGUCGACGAAGAAGACGACGAAGAUGAGUACGAAAAGCAAGUGAAAGCAGUUCAUGCAAGCGGGGAGUUUAUUCUCACUUAAUUAAAAUAAUUUCCUGGACAUUUGACAACCAAAGUCAAAAGGAUUGUUUUCUAAUUAGUGUGCCUGUAAUAAUAAACAACUUGUAUUUCAUAUUCUUCAUAAACUUGUUACAUGUUUCAUGUUCCCUACUCUGUAUGUAAUAAUACGGAGAUUAUCGAUCCAGUAAUACAUGAAAACGAAAAAGUUCCGUCUGGGGUGUCAAUGAGUAUAAGAAGAAAAUUAAGUACACGAAAACAAAAGGGAAUUAAAAAUGUUACUUUUCGUAGCUUCCUUUGAGAACUUACGUGCUGCUCGUACAAUAACUUUAAUAAAUAUAUAGGCUGAGUACCGAGGAAUGCCGAAGAUAUAAUAAUAAAUAGAAAACGAAAGGAGAAGUAACAAAA